GUCCAAACAACAUCACCCAACCUUCGCGACAUAUGCUCUCAUCAGAGAAUCUGUAGAACACCAUUCACACGAUUUCUUCUUUGUCUGGGUGUAUUCUUCACGAUGGCGAUGCUGUACCCCAGCCUCGUCUUACUUCUCCUCCCACAAUAUACCCAAGCUGAGAAUUUCAAGCCCAACUGCACCAUUCCUCCUCCUGGAGCAACUUAUGUUUCGGGACCAAACACUCGAGGUACUACUACUAUACUUUGGAACUGCUUGUCUAUCAUCUUCCUCUGUACCUGGAACAUUCAACACUUGAACAUACCAGCAGGUCGACCUCGAGCGAAAAGCUGGCUUCAAUCCACCUGGUGGGCUAUCUUGGACUCGAGAACCAAGAUCAAAUGGAUGAUUUUUACGAUUUUGGUCCCUGAGUAUCUAGUUGGCAAGGCGUUUGGCGAGUGGCUUGCCGCGAAAGAAGGAGUUUCUUAUGUUAAAAGAUGGUACCCGGAGAAUGUAAUCGAGUGGGAAACUGUCCAUGUUUACAUGGCAAAUAUGGGGUAUUUCGUGGUCGACUUCCGCGAUCUGAUAAGUGAUGUACAAAGUGAGAAUGAAACGUGCUUGGCUGUAGGAAAUGCUAUAGUCCAGAAACUAAUACAUCAAAGCCAUAUUCCAGCAGUUGAUAGAUACAUAGGAGACAAAUUGGUCAAAGGCCUAGCCCUUGCCCAGAUCAUCUAUCUUAUUGCGCAGCUAGCUGCACGCAAAAUCGCGGCGCUUCCUUCCACUCAGCUUGAGAUAGCAGCACUCGCCUUUUCUGCAUCAAGUAUGAUCACAUAUAUAUUUUACUGGGGCCGCCCUCAGGGAGUUAACAGUAUGCGACUUCUCAAAGCAAAGAGAAUCCCAGAUCACCACCGCUUGGGGAUAAUCUUGAGUGGCCGCCCGGUGCAUCUGUGGACCUCUGUCAGAACGCCAGAGAGGCUUGACAAACAAUUAGACCUUGAUAAUUUCAGUCAGCAUCUGAAUACCCUGCCCUUAGCAUUCCGUGCUGUGAUCGGCGGUACACUUUUUGGUGGAGUUCAUUGCCUGGCGUGGAAUUUCCAUUUCCCCACUCCCGACGAACAACUCGCAUGGAGGUUUUGUUCGGUUUUGAUAGCCUGCUUGCCUACUUUAUCGAUACCUGCUCUUGGAGGAUGGAUGUAUCUCAACAAUGAGAGAAAACUCAAUCAAUGCCCAGUAAUGAGCUUCCUAAUCGGCUCAAUCUGCAUCCUUCUCCUCGCUGCAUACAUCCUAGCACGACUCUUCCUGAUCGUCGAGAUAUUUAGAAGCCUGUUCUUCCUCCCACUAGAAGCGUACAUCGAGACUUGGUCUGGAAACUUCCCUCAUUUCGGUUGA